AUGCUGCUGUCAGGGGCGGCAGAGCUCGAAGCCGGGGCCGAGGAGACUCCCCCCGAGGACAUGUCCGUUGUGGUCGACGUCGAGAUCACGGUGCUGGGCGGGGGCUCCGACGUCGAAAUCUCUGCCGAAGUUGGAACUGUGCUCGAAGCGGUCGAGCUUUCCAAUGUCGAUGCCGCAGUUGAAGCUACGGUGCUUGUAGGCACAGUUGAAUCCGCGGUGCUUGCAGGCACAGUCGAAGCCACAGUGCUUGCAGGCAGAGUAGAAGCCACGGUGCUUGCAGGCACAGCCGAAGCCACAGUGCUUGCAGGCAGAGUAGAAGCCACGGUGCUUGCAGGCACAGUCGAAGCCACGGUGCUUGCAGGCACAGUCGAAGCCACGGUGCUUGCAGGCACAGUCGAAGCCACGGUGCUUGUAGGCACAGUCGAAGCUACGGUGCUUGCAGGGACAGUCGAGCUGUCCGUGGCGGUGAUUGUCGAAGACGAAGCGGAAUAG